GGAGACAGGGAGCUUCAUCGGAGGGUAAGGGAGCAUCACCGCUGUGUUUCCUGCCUCGGUCCGGGGUCUUCGGGCUGCGGGCAAUGCUGUGAGAUGCUCGGAGCUGUGACGGAGCUCUUGCCGAGGAAGGAUUGACAGGAAACAGACUUCCUGUAGGCUUGUUGGAAGAGGGAACAUCGUCAGGGAGACAGCAGGCGGAGACAGCGGGGCACGGUCACGAAUCCCCGAGCCCGCACCGAGAGAGAGAGAUCAGAGAGAGAGACCCGCGCCGGGAGAGGGUGAGAGGGUGCCGCACGGGGGGAAAGCGAGAGUGUCCCGAAGCGGGACAGAGCUAGCGAGCCCUGCACCGGUGGGGAGCGGGGGAGUCUCACGGCGUGGGAGAGCGAGAGAGUCCAGCAUCGGGAGAGAGCGGGACUCCCAAGCCGGGGGACCGUGAGAGAGUCCCGCACCGGGAGGGGAAACAACCGUAUGAGAUGGGUCCCAGCGCGACGAUGAAUCGGAAGGUACAGAGAGGGAGACUGACGAGAGACUGAGACAACGAGGAUCGGGUUGACACUUGGCCACAACGACUCAACAACGUCCCAAGCACAACAUCAGGGCACCCCCGAGGAAGCCCAGUGGUCCCCGAGGAAGCGAGGUUGGAGGGGCAGGGAUCGCGGGAUUCGUCGAGCACGACCCCUGAAUUUUGGGAGGAUCCCAGGAUUUGCGGAGAGUGUCCCAGGGAUUUGAGGAGUGGGUCCCGGAAUUUGAAGAGAGGUUCCCAGUACUUGAGGAGAGAGUCUCGGGAUUUGAGGCGACGCUCCCAGGAUUUGUGCAGGGAGUUGCAGGAUUCAAAAGGGGGUGUCCCAGGAUUCGAGGGGUAGUGUGAUUUGAGGAGAGGGUCCCCGGGAUUUGAGGAGAGGGGCGUGUGAGGAGGAUGAUGCUCCGUGCCGGGUUGAUGCUGAUGCUGAUGCUGCCCCCGGCACUGCCCAUGCAAGUGUGCCAGCGCUUCCGCAGCGACACACCCACCAACAACCUGGCGGUGCAGGCCGGGCCGCAGCCAGGGCCCCGGGUGUACGUGGGCUCGGUGAACGCUGUUUACCAGCUGGGCUGGGCGCUGGGGCUGGAGGCGAGGGUGAGGACGGGCCCGGUGCAGGACAACGCCCUGUGCCACGCACCGCAGCUCCCGCACAGCAAAUGUGAGCACCUGCGCCGGCACACCGACUGCUACAACAAGCUGCUGCUGCCCGACGCCAGCCAGGGGCUGCUGGUGGUGUGCGGCUCCGUGCACCAGGGCUUCUGCCAGCUGCGGCAACUGGCCAACAUCAGCCAGCUGGCCGUGCCUUUCCCGCCCAACUCCAGCAGCGACCGGGUCUACCCCAGCAUGUUGUACGUGGCGGCCAACCACCCGCAGGCCUCCACCGUGGGCCUGGUGCUGCCGGGCCUGGGCGGCGAUGGCGGCAGCCGGCUGCUGGUGGCCUCCACUUACACGGGCCUGGGCACCCGCUACUUCCCCACCAACAACAGCCGUGAGGACCUGCGCUUCGAGAACACGCCCGAGAUCGCCAUCCGCGCCCUGGACACCCGCCAGCUGUCCAGCCUCUUCACCUACGACAUCAACCCGUCCGAGGACAACGUCUUCAAGGUGAAGGCCGAGGCCAAAGCCCGCAACCGGCUGAGCUUCGUGAGGGCCUUCAGUUACCAGAACUACACCUACUUGGCGCUCAACAACGACGCCGACUCCGGCGGCAAGGGAGGCCGCGCCCGCAGCCUGCUGGCCCGCAUCUGUACCGGAGCCCGCGGCUCCCGCCCAUCCGAGAGCCGCAAGCUGACCGAGUCCUACAUCCAGCUGGGCUUACGUUGCAUCGCCGGUCCCACUCUCUUCGGCCGCCUGCUCUCCGUGUGGCCAGGCCCGGGACACCGGCUGUACGGCCUGUUCCAGGGGCCCGAGGACAGCGAGCAGCGCUCCGCCCUCUGCGUCUUCAACUUCAGCGACAUCGACCACAGCAUGAGGAGCGCCCGGCGCCAGUGCUUCAAGGAGAAGCACAGCCAGGAGGUGACCGUCCUGGACAGCGUGAUUCAAGGAAGUGGACCAGCCUGCAUCCAACGCAACAUCACACUGCAUGAAGAACAGCUGGAUUGUGGGGCUGCCCAUCUGCAGCACCCUCUAGCCAUCAGGGACCCAGUGAAGGCUUUCCCGAUCUUUGAGGAGAGUGGCUUGACCUCGGUGGCAGUAUCAAGUCUGAAUAACCAUACAGUGGUGUUUCUAGGCACAGCCAAUGGCCAACUUCUAAAGCUAAACUUGCAGAAUAACCAGAUUUUGAAGAGAGAGCUUCUUCUCGUGGCAUCGGAUGAGGCUGUCCAUCACAUCAUGCAGUUUGACCCGGAGGACCAGAACUAUCUCUACGUGAUGACCAUGUACCAGAUCAGUCGGGUGAGGGUUGCUUCCUGCAACCAGUCCCAGUCCUGCCAGGAGUGUUUAGGAGCACAUGAUGCCUACUGUGGAUGGUGUACCUUGGAGAGCCGCUGUACUCUACAGCAGGAUUGUGCUAAUUCCACUCAACCCUCAUUCUGGAUCGACCUCAACUCUGGAAUAGCAAAAUGUCCAACCAUGAACAUUACUCCGUCAAAAAUCGACAAUAGCCUUGCAGCCGUAAAGAACAUUGAAAUCAUCAUCAAUGGACAUGUUCCACAGUUAAUGGGCAGGGAUGUUCGCUGUCAUUAUGUUAAUGUGGAGAAGAUUUCAGCUACCAUCUCUGAAAAUAAUUCAGGCCCGUCACAGAUGGUGCAUUGUCCUUUCCUACAGAAGGCCAAGUACCCAGCGUUCUUGUCCGAUAAAGAUCAUGUUAUUGUAACAGUGGCAAUCGAGGUGGACAAUCGAUUGAUCGUGUCUGGAAAUGUAACCUUCUAUGAUUGUGAGAGAACAGGAAAGGUUGAUGCAAAGACAGCAUGCAGAAGUUGCUUACAAACUCGUUGGACCUGCUUCUGGUGUGUACCCAAUCACAAGUGUGUCUCACAGAAAGCAGAGUGCAAGAGCAGUGUAACUGGUGCAGUACCUGAGACUUUCGCACAGUGCCCCCAAAUGAUGCCGGUUCAAGUCCUGCCAGUUUCCACUGGGACCACCCGAAGCUUCCCAGUCUCCAUAAAUAACAGUGCACCGCUCCAGGGCAGAAAACUGCAGUGUGAGGUUGGACACCAGGUAUACGAGGCGCGGUGGCUCAACAGUUCCCAGGUGUUGUGUGACGAUGUCAGGUUGUUUACAACCAACUCAAGCCAGCACUUUCCCAUCAGUCUGAAGCUGAAGGAAGACCCAGAGAAGCAGAUUGACAAUCCCAGCACCAUCUCAGUGGAGGUGUAUAACUGUGCGAGUGGGAGCUCAGACUGCUCAGAGUGCUGGGGGCGACAGAACCGCGGCCAUCAGUGCGUCUGGUGUGGGACAACCCAGAGAUGUAAGUUACAAAGUGAGUGCAGGCAGAUCGCUGACGUUUGUCCUGCUCCUGAGAUUCACAGGAUAGAACCACUGACUGGUCCUGUGCAUGGUGGCACGCGCCUCACUAUUAGAGGCCGGAACCUGGGCCGCAGGUUCAGUGACAUCGCUGAUGGUGUUCGCAUUGGUGGCGUUUCAUGUACCCCUGUACAGGAAGAUUAUGUUGUCUCAUCACAGAUUGUGUGCAUAACUAACGGGACCAAAAGAGAGUUCACCAACGCGGUAAGCGUCAGGGUCCAGGAGGAAGAAAGCUCCAAGCAAAGAUUUUCUUUCUUGGUUCCUGAGACUAUCUUGGUAGUGCCAGAUCAAGGACCCAAAGCUGGAGGCACCAGAGUCACCAUCAGCGGCAAAAAUCUGCAUAUUGGUUCUUCAGUCAGGAUCAUUGUCAAUGAUACCGAGGACUGUAUCAAUGUAAGACGGAACCAGAGUGCCAUUGUCUGUGUAAUGCCGGCCAUGCAUGGAGCUGAGGGAGCCAUUUCCAUCUGUGUCCAGUUUGAGAGUAGAUGCAUCAACAAGACCAUGACCUACAAGUAUCGAGAGAACCCAUUGAUAGAAAGUAUCAGCCCAUACACCAGCUACAUCAGUGGUGGACGGGAGAUCACAGUAAAAGGCCAGCGAUUCAAUUUGAUACAGAAUGUCGUCAUGAUGGUUAAAUGCAUUGGAUGGGCUCAGUCGACAUGUGAAGUUGUGAGUGAUUCUGUUCUCAUCUGUCCAUCUCCAGCCUAUUCGGUUUCCAAAGUGAUCAUUAAUUUCUAUAUCAAUGGGAUUCUCUAUCAGAAACGUAGACGAGGGUUCUCCAUGGAAUAUUUCAACGAUCCACAGUUCUCCCGCAAGGAGAAGUUGAUUAAGCACCAUCAGGGAGAGCCUCUCACUCUGGUGAUUGAGAAGAUACCGGACAACUUGAACUUGGCUCCUGAGGAAUACAAAGUGACGAUUGGCCCUUUUCCUUGUGACAUCUAUGUUGUUAAGGGAAAGAUUCACUGCACCAUGAAUGUGUCGAUCAAUUCUGAUGAACAGCAGUUGCCUGUCACGGUGCAAGUGGGAAAUUACAAUGAGACGAUUGCAAUGGUACAACUGGGAGAGAGUGUGACAUCAGUCGUGAUAUCGAUCGUGGUCUGCCUGUUGUUGCUGCUGGCUUGUGGCAUCGCCUUGGUCAUCUUCUGUACAAAGAGCCGUCGAGCUGAGCGAUAUUGGCAGAAGACUCUGAUUCAGAUGGAAGAGAUGGAGGCUCAAAUCAGGGAGGAGAUUCGGAAAGGUUUUGCUGAGUUGCAGACUGAUAUGACUGACCUCACCAAGGAGCUAAACCGGAGCCAGGGUAUUCCCUUCCUCGAGUACAAGUACUUCAUCAUUCGCACCUUUUUCCCAAAAUGUUCAAUUGAUUGUGAAAGCAGAAGCCCUGAGUGUUUCCAUCAGCUGAAUGCCCAGUCCAGAGAGGCCACCAUCUCCAGCAACCGACCAGAGACCCACCCACUGCUGCAGCCUGAGUGGAAGGUCCCUGAAAACUCUCGGCACAACAUGGAGGAGGGCAUUGCCAUGUUCUCCAUGCUGCUGAGCAACAAACACUUCCUCAUCACGUUUGUACAUUCUCUGGAACAGCAGAAGGACUUUGCUGUGCGAGACAGGUGUAACAUAGCUUCCUUGCUGACCAUUGCACUGCACAGUAAACUGGAGUACUUCACAAGUAUCAUGAAGGACCUGCUGGUGGAUCUAAUUGAUGCCUCGGCUUCCAAAAACCCGAAGCUGAUGUUGCGGAGGACAGAGUCGGUGGUGGAGAAGAUGCUGACCAACUGGAUGUCCAUCUGCAUGUACAGCUUCCUCAAGGAAACCGUGGGGGAGCCAUUUUUCUUGCUGUUGUGUGCAAUGAAGCAGCAAAUUAACAAAGGUUCAGUGGAUGCCAUCACCGGCAAGGCUCGUUACACCCUCAACGAAGAGUGGUUGCUGAGGGAGAACAUUGAGGCCAAAGCAACGAAUCUCAAUGUGUCAUUCCAAGGAUGUGGUAUGGACUCCAUCACAGUCCGGGUGAUGGACAGUGACUCCAUCAGCCAAGUAAAGGAGAAGAUUCUGGAAGGUUUUUACAAGAAUGUUCCAUUUUCCCAGUGGCCGAGGGUGGAAGAUGUGGACCUGGAGUGGUUUGCAUCGAGUGGUGACAGCCGAAUUCUGCGAGACUUGGACAACACUUCCGUUGCCGAGGAUGGUCGUAAAAAGCUCAACACCGUGGCACAUUGCAAGGUUCCGGAUGGAGCCUCAUUGGCGAUGAGCUUGAAGGACCAGAGAGACGGCACAUUGGGACGAGUGAAGGACUUGGACACUGACAAAUACUUCCAUUUGAUGCUUCCAAAUGACGAUCUGGCUGAUAACAGCCGCUCACACAAGCACAGCCAACGGAAGAAGGUUUUGCCAGAGAUUUACCUGACUCGACUUCUCUCCACCAAGGGCACGCUGCAGAAGUUCCUGGAUGAUUUGUUCUGUGCGGUGCUUAGUAUCCACACCGUGAAACCUCCCUUUGCAGUGAAAUAUUUCUUUGAUUUCCUGGAGGAGCAAGCUGAGAAACGGGGCACUUCUGACCCAGACACCCUUCACAUCUGGAAAACAAACAGCUUACCUCUACGCUUCUGGGUGAAUAUCCUAAAGAAUCCUCAGUUUGUGUUUGACAUCGAGAAGACGGACCAUAUGGAUGCCUGUCUGUCAGUGAUAGCCCAGGCCUUCAUCGACGCCUGUUCCAUCUCGGACCUGCAGCUGGGAAAGGAUUCACCAACAAAUAAACUCCUGUAUGCCAAAGAAAUCCCUGAAUACAAGAAAGCCGUGCAGAGAUAUUACAGAGAAAUCCAGGAAAUGAUCACACUGAGUGAACAAGAAAUGAAUGCUCACCUGGCAGAGGAAUCCCGGAAACACCAACAUGAGUUUAAUACCAAUUUUGCAUUGGCUGAAAUCUAUAAGUACGCUAAACGAUAUCGCAAUCAGGUGAUGAAUGCCUUGGAAUCAAACUCAACGACCAGACGCCUGCAAAUGCAACACAAGUUCGAGCAAGUCAUCGCACUGAUGGAGGACAACAUUUAUGAGUGUUGUAGCGAAGCAUAGCUGGUGAACGUUUACAGAAUGAAUGACUAGGACCUGCCCUUCCAACACCAAGCCUUCAACAGAUAGUUUCUCACCACAACGUGCUGCCCUUUACAUGAUCCAAUGGAUUCAGUGGCCCGCAGAGCUUUAACACGCCCAGUCGACUGGUGUGGCAGCAUGAGUUAGUGCUGGUAUGCUUUCUCAAUGCUGGAGGUGGCAAGACUCUUGAGUUUUAUGUCUAGGGUUGAUUGUGAGCACAGCAUAUGCUGUCUUGAUUAGAGAACAUGCAAAGUUCAGCACAGAUGUGGGGAGGAAUAUAAAGUGAGGAAGGGAGGCCCUUUGAACAGGGAGAGGCCAUCAUGGCACAUCCAGCAACUGUGAGCAUCCUCUCUGAGUGGUGGAAAAGUUGUGUGAUAUAAUUAGAGAAGACACGGGUGGGAGUGGAGGAUAUGGUCUUGACCAAUACUACUGCUGAGACCACUAGUCAUCGGUGGAGGCUUCUUGAAGGAGCAUAGGGCACUGUGCAGAGAACCUUAACUCCAAAAGUAGAAAAGGAGAUUGGUGCAAAGGUUGGGGAAUAGGGUGGCUAUCACUGGGGAGCCACAUUCUCAGGGGUUCAUUCUGACCUUGGGCUUGAAUUCAAGGCAGUGAUUUGUAAAUUAAAUUGUUACGUUCAUAUUGUGCAGUUUGUUUCAUCAGCUGACCUGGGGUCUCAAGCCUGCCCGCUGACUGCCAUGUCUUGAAAUCAAAACUUCCAUUUGAUGUGCUGUUUUAUUUCAUAAAUAGAUCCAAUUAAACUCUGCUACUAACCAA